AUUGAGGCCAUGGAAUUUCACCGCCAAUGCCCAAAUUACGAGUCCCCAAGCAAACAUCUCUUUUACAUCAGGAUCAAAGGAAAAGGGCGAAUAGAAGAUCCCGAAUUAUAUUACUAUCCCUAUCUGUUGGUACUCCAGGCCAUAUGGCCUUAUAGCGAACACGUUCAAACCAUUGCAAAGGCGUUUGCCAGGUACUGGGGUGUCCCUGAUAUGUGGCGCGGCCCAGAGCAUUAUCCCAUGCUCAACGACAGAGACCGCGAAAUGGAACUUUUCAUGGGCCUGAAACCGAGAGAGACCGAAGCACGAGAGGAUGAAAGUUCAGCAGGAAACGGUGAAGACAAUGAAGAAGACGAAGAAGACGUUAAACAAGAGAACGAGGAAAAACGAGAACAAGAGCAAGAAGACGAACAGGGGGAGGAGCAAGAUGAAGAACAGGAGCACGAACAAGAGCAACAGCUUGAAGGAGAGCAGAAUGAAGAUGAUGAGGAGCAGGAGGAACAGCAAGAAGAAGGAGAUGAGGACACGAUUCCCGAUAUUUCCGACAUCGACGCCAUUACUGACAUUGACAAACUCGACAAACUGGAGUCUAUACUCGAAGUCAGAGAGAACAAGCUUAUGUAUCAGAUACAGGAAACAAAGGAACGGGUCCGAAAGGUUCAAGGGAACAAGCGAGACCUGUACAGGAAGAAGUCCAGUGCCUCGAAAAAGGCCGCGGAGAGACUCCAGGUGAGGCUUGACGCAGAGCGCAUGGUUUCUGACCACUGGGCCACCAAGGAAAGGGAGUAUAUCAAGAAACUCGAGCGAUCUUCAGCCACGUCUUCUGUCAUCUCUCCACCCCCUGAACAGGAGAGUGAACGUCCUGCGAAACGACAACGGGCUGCUGGACAGAAGGAGUGAGCGGUUGCUGCUGCAAACGACAGGGAGGGUGUCUCGCAGUUCAAGUUUGACAUUUGCAAAGUAGCAAAGGAAAACGAUGCAGGAUUGGUGAGAGAGCAAUUGUUGCCCAAGGUUUUGGCUGGAUUUGUUGGUGGGAUGGAAACCACUGCUGAAAGCGUUUGGUGAAAAGCAAGUAAAAAAUGGGAUGUGAUAUGCAAUGGGCAUGAUGUUGCCUAGCAUAAAUAUUAAGAUUAAGUUUGCAAUUGUUCAUUGUAGUGCUGCAGGAAACAUGGUUGUGCAAUAGUUUGUCUAUUGUAAAUGUUUG